AAGAAAUUCGCGAUGUCUCCACUUCCGUGCUAAUCUUCUUCUUCUCCUACGCGUCGUCUUUCACAGCACACUCCAGUUGUAGCGUCUCAACCGUUGAACCUCUGCUCUCUAUCCAACUUAUCACAGGUUGACAUCAAGGUUUUGCACCAUGUCAAUUGUCAAGAUCCACGCGAGAGAGAUUUUUGAUUCUCGUGGAAACCCUACUGUUGAGGUUGACCUUUACACUGACAAAGGCUUGUUCAGGGCUGCUGUACCUAGUGGUGCAUCCACUGGAAUCUACGAAGCUCUGGAGCUCAGGGACAAUGACAAGUCUCGAUAUCUUGGGAAAGGAGUCUCGCAGGCUGUUGAACACAUUAAUUCAUCUAUCGCACCUGCUCUUGUUGGCCAGGAUGUGUCUGUGAUUGAGCAGGAGAAAAUUGACCAGGUGAUGAUUGACUUGGAUGGUACAGAGAACAAAUCCAAAUUUGGAGCAAAUGCCAUUCUGGGUGUGUCUUUGGCUGUUUGCAAAGCUGGUGCCGCUGAAAAAGGAGUCCCCUUGUAUCGCCACAUCGCUGAUCUGGCAGGAAAUCCAGAAGUCAUCUUACCUGUACCGGCUUUUAAUGUGAUCAACGGCGGCUCUCACGCUGGCAACAAACUUGCCAUGCAAGAAUUUAUGAUCCUGCCCAUCGGCGCCAGCACCUUCAAAGAAGCCAUGCGCAUUGGAGCCGAGGUUUACCACAAUCUAAAAAAUGUCAUCAAGAAAAAGUAUGGGCAGGAUGCCACAAAUGUUGGAGAUGAAGGCGGCUUUGCUCCAAACAUACUGGAAAAUCAGGAGGCUCUGGAAUUACUGAAGGAGGCUAUUGCAAAAGCAGGAUACACAGAUGAGGUCAUUAUCGGCAUGGACGUGGCUGCAUCUGAAUUCUACAGGGAUGGAAAAUACGACCUGGACUUCAAGUCACCUGAUGACCCAAGCCGUUACAUCACUCCCGAUGAGCUGGCUGAUCUCUACAAGAGCUUUGUGAAGGAUUAUCCAGUCAUGUCCAUUGAGGAUCCGUUUGACCAGGAUGACUGGGCAGCCUGGACAAAUUUCACUGGCAGCACAGACAUCCAGGUUGUGGGAGACGAUCUGACUGUGACAAAUCCUACUCGUAUCUGCAAGGCUGUGGAGGAGCAGGCCUGCAACUGUCUGCUGCUUAAAGUCAAUCAGAUCGGCACAGUCACCGAGUCGAUGAAAGCGUGUAAGAUGGCCCAGGAGAGCGGCUGGGGGGUGAUGGUUAGUCAUCGUUCUGGUGAAACGGAGGAUACCUUCAUAGCAGAUCUGGUGGUUGGGUUAUGCACCGGACAGAUUAAGACAGGCGCUCCCUGUCGCUCAGAGCGGUUGGCCAAAUACAACCAGAUUUUGAGAAUUGAAGAGGAACUGGGAGACAAGGCUAAGUUUGCUGGGAGAAACUUCAGGAAACCAGUUAUUGAGUGAAGAAAUGAAUCGCAUGUGGAUUCAGAGAUGUUGUGUGAAAAUACAUUAGUGCAAUAAUGAUAAAUGUAGUACUACUGACAUACUGCCGGCCGUAAUGAAUUUACAGAGAAUGUGUCGUCAAAAGCAUAAUUACUCCUCGUAAUCAAGUGUUUUUAUCUAAACUGGAGUAAAACUUGAAAAGAAUAAAGCCACUUUGUUGUUUUAACAACUACUGCACUUGGAAAAACAUAAAGUUUGAUUAGUGACUAAAUGUCUUUUGAUUAUUUUAUGUAUGAAUGAGUUUCCUUUAUGUGGGGAAGGGAUUCAAAAUGACCUCAAUUGUAUUUAAUGAAGAAUGUGCAUUUAAAUGUAUCUG